GCUCGACGGCAACGGUACCUCUCAACUGUUUUACGGCAUACAUGUACAUCGAGCCAGUAGCCGCUAAUUCAAGCGUAUUUGUAUUCUGAAAAUUUACAAUAGUGUCUCGUUGAAGUUUUCAAACCAGGAGAUAUGGAUGUCGGAGAACUCUUGAGUUAUCAGCCUGAUAGAGGAGCAACACGUUCCAGAGAGGAUGAUGCAGGAGAGGAGAAUCUGAGAAGCGCAAAGCAUCAGAAGCUGUCAAGUGUCAGACACAGAGAUGGGACAGGAGCAGGAACUGAGGGAGGGGCUGACAUGAAAGACAGUGAUGACUCGACAGUGGAUCGCAAGAAGAUCUUGGAGAAACUGAUGGACCAGGAUGAAGAUGAUCCAGAGGCAGAACCGGUGGACGAGAGCUCAGUGAAAAAAAUGAUCCUGACCUUUGAGAAACGGUCCUACAAAAAUCAGGAACUCAGGAUUAAGUUCCCCGACAAUCCAGAAAAGUUCAUGGAGUCAGAACUGGAUCUGAACGACAUUAUACAGGAAAUGCAUGUGAUUGCUACCAUGCCCGAUCUCUAUCACCUGCUGGUGGAGCUCAACUCUGUUCACUCUCUAAUGAGCCUUCUCAGUCACGAAAACACCGAUGUUGCAAUAGCAGUGGUGGACCUCCUCCAAGAGCUGACGGACAUUGACACACUCAACGAAAGCGAGGAGGGUGCCGAGGUCCUUAUCGAUGCUCUGUUGGAGGGCCAAGUUGUGGCGUUACUAGUGCAGAAUAUGGAGCGACUGGAUGAGCAGGUUAAAGAGGAAGCUGAUGGUGUCUUCAACACACUAGCCAUUAUAGAAAAUAUGGCUGAGUUUAGACCAGGUCUGUGCACAGAAGCAGCUCAACAGGGACUCAUGCAAUGGCUGCUCAAGAGAAUUAAGGCAAAGAUGCCUUUUGAUGCUAACAAGCUGUACUGCAGUGAAAUCCUGGCCAUCUUGUUGCAAAACAAUGACAACACGAGAGAACUCUUGGGGGAACUGGACGGCAUUGAUGUGUUACUGCAGCAACUAUCUGUGUUUAAACGUCACAACCCAUCAACAGCUGAAGAGCAGGAGAUGAUGGAGAAUCUCUUUGAUGCACUGUGUUCCUGCCUAAUGUUGCCAGCCAAUCGAGAGCGCUUUCUCAAAGGGGAGGGUCUACAGCUCAUGAAUCUCAUGCUUCGGGAAAAGAAAAUGUCCCGGACCAGCUCUCUCAAGGUUCUGGAUCAUGGGAUGAUUGGACCAGAGGGUGCAGAUAACUGCCAUAAGUUUGUGGAUAUCCUCGGUCUGCGAACCAUCUUUCCACUUUUCAUGAAAACUCCCAAGAAGAUGAGGAGCGCCGGUGUUUCUGAGAAAGAACAUGAAGAGCACGUCUGUUCAAUUAUUGCCUCCAUGCUGCGAAAUCUCAAGUCCCAACAGAGAAGCAGACUUCUAAACAAGUUUACAGAGAAUGACUGUGAGAAGGUUGAUCGACUGAUGGAGUUGCAUUUUAAGUACGUGGAGAGCGUUCAACAGGCUGACAAGAGGAUCGAAGGGGAGAAACAUGAUAUGGUACGCCGUGGCGAAAUCCUUGAUGACAACAUGGAUGACGAAUUUUACAUCCGUCGACUGGAUGCUGGAUUGUUUGUUCUUCAGUCCAUAUGCUAUAUAAUGGUGGAGAUCAGCAACUCGGGACUAUCACAGCUGCAGCAGCGAGUUCAUCAAAUUCUCAACCUAAGAGGAGGCUCUGUCAAAGUUGUGCGCCACAUCAUGAGAGAAUAUGCAGAGAGCAUCGGAGAUGGCAAGAGUGAAGAGAUCAAAGAGGCAGAACGCAAGAGGAUCAUGGACCUUUUAGAAAACUUUUAAUGGACUUUUUCUUCCAUAGGCAUCAAACACAAUCAGUUUUGUUGCAAGGGGGUCAGUUGCAGCCUUGACAAAUGGCAUUUAUACUAUUUUCUGUAACAUGUUUGUUUUGAUAGGGUUUCCUAUUGUUUGUAGCAUUGCUACAGUCAAAAGCUUUUUCUCACAUUCAGCUAGGCCAAAAUGUUCAUACUGUUAGAGAGUGAGCAAUAUUAAAAACCAACAACAAAAGCCUGAUUAUGGCAAUCAAAUCUACUGAGGGAGUCUUGAAGUAAAACAAUACCACUCAAUACUCUUGUGUUGUUUUGACGUUCAGAAUUCCCACUGAACUGAAGGGAGAAUUAUUUUGUUUUGUUAUCCAUUCAAGUUUGUCAAGCAAAACAGGGACUCGGUGUGAGCUCUUUUUUUAAACAAACCUUUGAUUUUGGAUUUAAGUUGAAAAUGUUUUCUAAUAAAACCUUUGGUAAUAAAAUCCA